AUGGAUAGCAACGAACAGCCGACGCCUCGUCGAACCCUUGGCCAGCAUAAUCCUGGAACAUCGCCGAUCAAGACGUUCUCAUCGGCGCAUUCCUCGCCUCGAGUCACACCAACGAAAGGCGCCAAUCCCUAUGGUGAUCGAUUCAUCCCGCUACGCCAACCACACCAGGAAUGGAACGCGAGAUUCUGCGCCAUCAACAAUCCCGACUUUGAGCCAUGCUUCAAAAAACCAAUGGGCAAUUCAAAUCGAGCCAAUAACGCGCAACCGACGCCCACACAGACGCCGACGACAGCAACGACGACGUCGUCGUCUUCAUCGUCGCACUCGUCCGACUAUUAUCAUCACGCGCCACCGCCAACGUCGGGCGCCACCACGCCCACCGGUCAAAUCAUUCCCGCGUGUUUCGAUGAGAGCCGACGCGACGAGAUGGUCGUUCGCGCGCUUUUAAGGAAUGAGAUGCUCAAAGAGAGAAUCGACGAUGUAAAGAUGCAAUUCUUGCCGUCCGAUGAGCAAUUGAUGACGUUGACGUCGUCGAAUCUACCCCGAAACACAUCGGGAAUAUUCCCGCAACUCGAACGCAACGCCUAUGGUGGUAGCGGUGAGAGUAUCGUGCUUCCGAUGGAUGAUACGACGAGGAAUAGCCAUCCAUCGAAUUCGACACCAUCCACCGACAUUCAUGAUCGAACGCGUGCCUCAGCCGGUGGCAGUAGUAAUAGUUUAGGAUCGUCAGGUCACAGCAGCAGCACCAGCAGUAGUAGUAGUAGUAGUCAAUCGGCGUCGUCGCAUUCGAGCGGCCCGACGUCGACACCGAAUCCGCAACACAGCUCGCAUAAUAGUCAGGCGUCGCAGACGCAGUCGUCGACAAGCGCGACGACGUCGGCAACGACGACGACGACGCAUGGUUGCGGCGAAUCGCCGCGGCCGAUCAGCUCGCCAUUGAUUCCGAUUAAUAAUGUGCAUCAGAGUCCCGCGAGAAGCCUAUUCACCUAUAGCGCAAAAACGACGCCGAAUAAAUACGGCUCGCCGAGCACAUCAGUGAACGUUUCGCCGUUCAAUGGUCCACUCGGCGAGGAGAGCCAACGACUGUUGAGGACGCCGAGGAAGCCGCAGAGGAAGGUGCCCAAGAAUCCAUAUAAGGUUCUCGACGCGCCCGAACUCCAAGACGACUUCUAUUUGAAUCUCGUCGACUGGUCGGCGCAGAAUCAGCUCGCCGUCGGCCUCAGCAGCUGUGUGUAUUUGUGGAGCGCGACGACGAGUCUCGUCACGAAACUUUGCGAUCUCAUCGGCGAGCAGGACACGGUGACGUCGGUUCAGUGGGGCGACAAGGGCGAUCUGUUGGCGGUGGGCACGAAUCGCGGUGUCACUCAGAUUUGGGAUUCGGCGACGUUGAAGAAGAUUCGCGACAUGCCGGGACACACGUCGCGCAUCGGCUGCCUAGCGUGGAACGGCGACACGAUCUGCUCGGGCAGUCGCGAUCGGACGAUUCUCCAUCGCGACAUUCGAUGCGACAGUCGCGAGUUGCCGCGCACGCUGACGCAUCAUCGGCAAGAAGUGUGCGGAUUGAAGUGGUCGCCCGACAAACAGCUACUCGCCUCCGGCGGCAACGACAAUCAGCUGCUCGUCUGGAAUAUGCGGCGGCCGGAGCCGAUGCAGACGUACACGCAGCACAACGCGGCGGUGAAGGCGUUGGCGUGGUCGCCGCACCAUCACGGCCUGUUGGUGUCGGGCGGCGGCACGGCGGAUCGUUGUCUGAGAUUCUGGAAUACGCUGACCGCGCAGCCGAUGCAGUGCAUCGAUACUGGAUCGCAGGUUUGCAACGUGGCAUGGUCGAAGCAUAGCAGCGAGCUGGUCUCGACACACGGCUACUCAUACAAUCAUGUAAUCAUUUGGAAGUACCCGUCGCUUCAGCCGGUCACCAAACUCGUCGGCCAUCAAUACCGCGUUUUGUAUUUGGCGAUGUCGCCUGACGGCGAGUCGAUAGUGACGGGCGCCGGCGACGAGACGCUUCGCUUCUGGCACGUGUUCAGCAAAUCGAACGCGCCAAGAAUCGCUAGAUCGAAAUUGAAUUUGUUGUCGAGCCUUCGGUAA